CUUUCACAACAAUGAUGGAGAGUUUGCAACCAGGUGAAGAAGCGCAUUAAAAUGUUUAUGAAUUCACCUUUAAACUAAAUAACGUCGCAUUUUAAUUAUCUUGAUCAAAAACCAAUGGAAAAUGUUUUACUGUUGGAACUGGUUCUACUAAUUUCGGUUGCCAGUUCGACAAUUCUUUCAGUAAACAUAAACGGCUUGUGUGGAAAACAAGUGGUGUUUCCCUGACGGUACAAUAAAGACAGCACGUCGAUGUGCGUGGAAUCCCUGCGCGGCAAUCGUAAGGGAGUUGCUACAUAUUGUGAGUGUGAAAGUGCGUAAACGUUCGUAGCUUGCUCGCUGUCAAACGGGGUGGGAAAGGAUUUCCUACAGUCUAUGCUCAAAAGGACUGACCACAGAAACAUACACUGAAGUGCUUUCGGUAGCCUCCUUCAGGACGGACCCUUCUGGUUACUGACCUUUUAUCAGCGGAAUAGCGGAUACCCUUGAACCAUGAGCUCGGUUGCAGUGCUGACCCAGGAGAGCUUCGCUGAGCAUCGCAGCGGGCUGAGGGAUGCGGAGAUCACAGGUGGAACCCCAGAGGAUGAGGCCUACAUCCCCACCUAUUUGGAGGCCUUCCCCCCACUCCCUGAGAAGGGAGCACCGGGGGAAAAGUCGGGUGAGCCCACAGGAGCCUGGAGCAAGAUUCGCCCCAUAAAGGCCUCAGUCAUCACACAGGUGUUUCAUGUCCCCCUGGAGGAGAGGCGUUACAAAGACAACAGUCAGUUUGGGGAGGGCGAGGAGGCCAAGGUGUGCCUGGACAUCAUGCAGAGGACGGGGGCUCACAUUGAGCUGUCGCUGGCCAAGGAUCAGGGCCUGUCCAUCAUGGUGACGGGCAAGCUGGACUCCGUCAUGAAAGCGCGCAAAGAGAUCGUCGCCCGGCUGCAGACGCAGGCCUCGGCCACGGUCACCAUCCCGAAAGAGCACCACCGAUUUGUCAUCGGGAAGAACGGGGAGAAACUGCAGGAGCUGGAGCUGAAGACGGCCACCAAGAUUGGCAUUCCACGACCGGACGACCCCAGCACUAACAUCAGGAUCACGGGCACCAAGGAGGGCAUUGAGAAGGCCCGGCACGAGAUCCUGCUCAUCUCUGCAGAGCAGGAUAAGCGAGCGGUGGAGCGUCUCUCUCUGGAGAAGGCUUUCCACCCUUUCAUUGCCGGAGCUCAUAACCGACUGGUUCAGGAGCUGAGUCAGGAGACUGGGGCCCGCAUCAGUAUCCCCCCUCCCAGCCUGCCCAAGGACGAGAUAGUCAUCACUGGGGAGAAGGAGGCGGUCGCCCUGGCCAUCGCCCAUAUCAGAGCCAUCUAUGAGGAAAAAAAGCGCAAAACGACCACGAUCUCGGUGGAGGUGAAGAAGUCGCAGCACAAGUACAUCGUUGGGCCCAAGGGGAACACACUGCAGGAGAUCAUGGAGAGCACCGGCGUUUCCGUGGAGAUGCCUCCGCUGGACUCCGGCUCUGAGACCAUCAUCCUGAGGGGCGAGCCCGACAAACUGGGCCCUGCCCUCACUCAGGUGUACGCUAAGGCCAAGAGUGUGAUGGUCGUGGAAGUGACGGCUCCAGCCUGGCUACAUCGCUUCAUCAUUGGGAAGAAAGGACAGAAUAUUGGGCGUAUCACUCAGCAGUUACCUAAAGUGCACAUAGAGUUCACGGAUGGGGAGGAGAAGAUUAGCCUGGAGGGACCAACGGAGGAGGUGGAGCAGGCUCAGACCCAGAUCCAAGACAUCAUCAAAGACCUGAUGCUGAGGAUGGACUACACAGAAGUACACAUCGACCAGCGUUUCCACAGACACCUCAUUGGCAAGAAUGGAGCGAACAUUAACAGGAUAAAGGAGCAGUACAAGGUGUCGGUGCGGAUCCCGCAGGACUCAGACCGCAGUGGGCUGGUGCGCAUAGAGGGGGACCCCCAGGGGGUGCAGCUGGCGCGCAGGGAGCUGAUUGACAUGGCCCAGCGCAUGGAGAAUGAACGCACCAAGGACCUGAUUAUUGAGCAGAAGUUCCACCGCACCAUCAUCGGCCAAAAAGGCGAGAAGAUCAAAGAAGUGCGGGACAAGUUUCCCGAGGUCAUCAUCAAUUUCCCGGACCCGGCCCAGAAGAGUGAUAUCGUGCAGCUGCGGGGUCCCAAGAACGAGGUGGAGAAGUGCGGCAAGUUCCUGCAGAAACUCCUUGCUGACCUCAUUGAGAAUAGCUUCUCCAUCUCUGUCCCAAUCUUCAAGCAGUUCCACAAAAACAUCAUUGGCAAAGGAGGUGCCAACAUCAAAAAGAUCCGUGAGGAAACGAACACCAAGAUUGACCUUCCCACGGAGAACAGUGACUCUGAGAUGAUUGUGAUCACUGGGAAAAAGGGGAACUGUGAGGUGGCGCGUGACCGCAUCCUGGCCAUCCAGAGAGACCUGGCAAACAUAAAGGAGGCGGAGGUGACAAUCCCGGCUAAGCUGCACAACUCCCUGAUCGGGUCCAGGGGCUGUCUGGUGCGUUCUGUAAUGGAGGACUGUGGGGGCGUUCACAUCCACUUCCCCUCCGAGGGUUCGGGCUCAGACCGGGUCACCAUCCGGGGCCCGGCAGGAGAGGUGGAGAAGGCCCGGAAACAGCUGCUGCAGCUGGCUGAGGAGAAGCAAAUCAACAACUUCACAGCAGAGCUGCAGGCCAAGCCUGAAUACCACAAGUUCCUGAUUGGGCGGGGCGGGGCCAACAUCCGGCGCGUGAGGGACCGCACGGGGGCUCGCAUCAUCUUCCCCUCCCCUGACGACCCUGAGCAGGAGCUCAUCACCAUCGUGGGGCGAGAGGAGGCCGUACGGCAAGCCCAGAAGGAGCUGGAGACCCUUGUCAAAAACCUGGAUGACGUGAUCGAGGAUAGCAUGGUUGUGGAGCCGCGCCACCACCGCCAUUUUGUGUGCCGCCGUGGUCAGGUCCUGAGGGAGCUGGCGGAGGAAUACGGGGGUGUGGCAGUUAGCUUCCCGCGCACAGGCACCCACAGCGAACGUGUCACACUAAAGGGGGCCAAGGACUGCGUGGAGGCUGCCAAGCGACGCAUUCAGGAGAUCAUCGUGGACCUGGAGGCGCAGGUGAUGGUAGAGGUUGCAAUCCCCCAGAGGUACCACCGUGCGGUCAUGGGCCCUAAGGGCUCGCGCAUCCAGCAGAUCACCCGAGACCAUGAGGUCCAGAUCAAGUUUCCUGAGAGGGAGGAGUCAGCAGGGGUAGAGCCCUCUCCACAGGAGAAUGGUGAUGCCAGCCCAGAGGCGGAGUUUGUCCCACGCAAGUGUGACAUCAUCACCAUCUCUGGGCGGGCUGAGAAGUGUGAGCCAGCACGGACAGCCCUGCUGGCUCUGGUCCCAGUCACUGUGGAUGUGGAAGUUUCCUAUGACCUCCAUCGCUACAUCAUUGGACAGAAAGGCAGUGGAAUCCGCAAGAUGAUGGAGGGAUAUGAGGUGAAUAUAUGGGUGCCACAGCAGGAGCAGCAGUCGGACGUUAUUAAGAUCACGGGUCAGGUGGCAAACGUGGAGCGUGCGCGGGUGGGGCUGCUGGAGAGGGUCAGAGAGCUUCAGGCUGAGCAGGAGGAUCGGGCUCUGAGGAGCUUUAAGCUCACCAUCUCUGUCCAACCCAAAUAUCACCCAAAGAUCAUUGGACGGAAGGGGGCAGUUAUCUCCCAGAUCCGCAAGGACCAUGACGUCAACGUGCAGUUCCCUGACAAGGGAGAUGAGCAGCAGGAUCUGAUCACGAUUUCAGGGUACGAGCGGAACGUAGAAGAGGCGCGGGCGGCGAUCGAGCAGCUGGUGUCGGUCCUGGAGGAGAUGGUGAGCCAGGACGUGAAGCUUGACCACCGCGUCCACGCCCGCAUCAUCGGCGCUCGUGGCAAGGCCAUCCGCAAACUCAUGGAGGAGUUCAAGGUGGAUAUCCGGUUUCCACAGCCCGGAUCUGAUGAUCCAGACCGGGUUACAGUGUCUGGACUUCCAGAGAGCGUGGACAAUGCCAUUGACCACCUGCUCAACCUGGAGGAGGAGUAUAUGAUGAGUGUGACAGAAACAGAAACAAUGGCAGCCUACAUGAAACCCCCGUCACGGGGGGGAGGAGGGGGCGACGCAGACAGUGGGAUGCCUGCCAAGGGCUUUGUGGUGAGGGACGCUCCGUGGAAUGCUCCUGGAAAUAAGGCCCCUGACAUGAGCAGUGCUGAAGACUUCCCAACCUUUGGAGCUGGUGUGGCUCCUAAACAGACGUCUGCCUGGGGCCCCAAGAAGUUCUGAGAGAGGGAGAGAGCCGAGAAACUGGAUGUGGCUAUUCCUGGCACACCUCCCUUCAUCUUCCCUAGCUCCAGGUUCACCCGUCUCUCAUCCACCACACUCUCACUCUUGCGCUCUCUCUCUUUCUCUUGGGUAGCAUCAUGGUCAUUCAGGAGACGAGAGGAAUAGAAAACACUCUUUCCUCCACAGCAGAACGAGUUCCUCUCUUUCUUAACUCUGUCACCUUUUUGCUUUCUCUUCUACCAGAGAUGUUGACAGUUGACAAAAAUUUGUAGAACAGGGUGGUCAGAACUAAAUGCUCAUUUUUUAUUUUGAACCCGCUACUGUGGACAUGAUUCAUCAGGUUUUGUCAGAGUCAAAGGACAUGGCUCUGUAUAGUGGUUUGGACAGAGAGACAGACGGCAGACUUUUUAGAAAAAAGACGAGGUUAGGCCAAGAUUUCCAAAGUUAUUUUGGUUUUCUGGAUAGAAAGAGUAGAAUAUUUUAUUGCGUAAUGAAAAUUAUGGCGAUGGUUUUAAAAUGUCUGAUUGAGUUGUUUUUCUUUUUAGUGUGUAUUUAUUCUGUAGCUGGUCCUUUCAAGCACAUACAAGACUUCAGGGGGGGAUUACUGAAAUUAUGUGGUUGGAGGGCAUUACAUCUUAAAACACACUCACUGGUGUGUAUAGUUCCUUUUUAUUCAUUUCUAUUCAGAGAUGAAGUAGCACUUAUGGUAGUAUUUUCAAGAUGGCUAAAAGUGGCUCUAAAUUGACAUUCUGUGAUAUUUUGUCAUUAAUGAUGGAGUCUGUUUCACUGUUAUUUAUUAAUUUAUAUUUAUUAUUUUCUGUAUUAGAGUUGCUUUUCAGUUUCAUCUGAACAAAGACUGAAUCAGCCAGGAGGUUAGCUGUAAUCUACUGGGAUAAUAAUGUUACUUGUUUUUAAAUUCUGUUUUGGAUUUUUUUUUUUUUUGAAGAAUUGGAAUUCUUGGUUUUUAGGGGUGUGUGUGCGCGUGCGUGCAUGUGUGUGUGAGAGCUAUGUGCCAGGAUUAAGCUUAAUCAUGCUUGCAUUUCUCCACCAGUUCCUUGUCUCACUUACCCUCUACCCCCCAAUCUGUCUUCUACUUUUCCUCUCACUUGGUUCAGCACUCAUUUUCCAGCUUGUCCUCCUGAACACAGUUACACUGGGAAGGUCCACUCUCGGCGAAACAGAGUAAAAUCAGCUCAGUAAAGGGAAUUGUUAAAAAUAGUUCAUCUUGGAUUGCAUUAUUAUAAUUAAACAUAAUAAUACAUCAAUCAUAAUAACUUGCCAAAAGGACCGUUUAUAUUAAUUUCUCUCAACUGGAUAAAUACUUUCAGAAAAUCCUGAUUAUCAAAUAAUAGUGCACAUUUCAAAUACUAAUUUAACUGAGCCUUACAUGGUCAAUCAGUAAAUUCUUGGAACAUCCAUCCACCUGGUUCUUUCUUCAGAGCACAACCUGUGGCGAUAUUUUAAGGCUGAGUAUUGUAUCAGAUAAACAAAGCAUAAAAGCACAUUCUGACCCAAUUUACAUGACAGUACAAGGCUUGUCAGUGCGGUGAGGCACAGAACAGAAGACAGUUUAUGGACCUGUAAAUGUUGUCCCCAUAUCCCAUGCUAUGCCUACAGUAUGGCACAAAUUAUGGAAACUUUGCACUUGAAAGUUUAGUACUGAUAACUUUUAUCUGUGCACUUCUUGACCACAAGUGGUAACAACAUUAUGUGGCUAUCGGUAAUUUUAAAUAAAGUAUACAAGGCAAAAAAGAAAAACUGUUUUCACUGUGUGAAUAUUAUAAUUUUAUGUAGAAAAAUAUUGGACAAAGAAAUACAUGUUCGAGCUGAUUAUUAAAUUUCAUUUGCAUUACAAAUUACUUGUUUACACAAGUGCUAAUUAUUAUUUCAUUUUUGUUUUAUGUUGAUAUUACAUUUAUUACAAUUACAAUUAUUAUGCCAGAAAGAGUUGUUGCAAAAUAUUACAUGAAUGAUCAAAAUGUGUUUAUAAAUGCAGUGUUUCUAUAAUUUGUGCCAGUACUGUAUAUACAGCACCCAAUUCCCUCUGUUAAUGACCUCUAUUGGAUGUCUGAAGAAAAAAAAAAUCAAUACUGUAGAAACUGUUACACCUGAAACAAUGUCACCAUUGUUCAAAGCUUAAGCUUUCCUGUUUUCAUCUGGUAAGUUUUGUGAAUAUGGGACAUUGACAGCUAAGUAAUGCACGGAGCACCUGGGGCCUCAUUCGUCAACACAACAUUUUAUAUGUAAUGCUGUGCAUGCCCAUUGGCAAAUGGGAAAAAGCUCAAGCUGUGCAUAGCUAUUGGGAUUCUCAUGCAUAUUCAUGACCAUGUGUACAAAUAUUUCCUGUGGUUGAAUUAUGGCAAGCUUUGGCCUCAGAAAAAAAGCCUUUGUUUUACCUUGAAAAAUGGAGCUCCAUUCAUACUGGUAAUUAUGAAAGAUUUACAAAUAAUGCACUGGAGAACUCUGGUUGAAGCACAGCCAGCAUGCACUGAUUCUGGCAGUGUCACAGUGGUAAUACCAGACAGACCAUAUUAAUGGGCACUAGAAAAGUGGUGAGUAAAUGGCAGCUAUGGGCUUUUUGACAAAAUUAAGGCCCAGAGUCCCAGCUAUCAAAAUUCCAUUCAUUGGAACUGGCAUUUGAUUAGUUUUGUUCCAUUUCGGGAAGUAUAUUCUUAGUUUAAAGAAGAGAUGGACUUUUGGACCAACUGAAGGAUGUGAAACAGAAAUCUGUUUUAAAUGUGUUGAUUUACGUCGGGGAGAGUGGCUAGAUUAAAGGUAGCUCUUUAAAUCCUGAAAUCUGGUUCUCGUUUUUUGUUUCUCCCCUGAAUUUGGGGUUAAAUAAACAAAAGAGGUUAUGCAAGGACACAAAAGCUGUUCUGUCUGUUCAUUAAGAGCAUUGGUGUUUAUAGAUAUGUUUUGUAUUGUUUGCAUAAAAUGUGCAAUUUUCCUUUGCUUCUUUUUGAUGCCGGUUUUAUACCCCCACCAUAAAUGUAAAUUGCUCUUUAUGCUGCCCUUGGUUUGAGUGCUGAUGAGGUCAUUGCUGGCGAGUGAUUAAAACUAUUGAUUUUAAAACCGAUAGAACACUAUUGGCCUUAAAAUAAUUGUGAUAAAAUAUUUUGACAUGAUGUGAAUGAGUAAAUAUGCAACACUGCAAUAAAAUGUCAGUGACUGGACUUUUCCUACUCCAAAUAAAAAAUGAAAAAUGACCUUAACUCUG